UACCGCGAUUGUUGGCCGGCCAUAAGGGAUGGCAUCGAAGGUGUGAUACUGGUGGCGAAUCCUGAUGAGAAUAAAGGCGAAGAUUUGAAGAUAUGGUACGACGAGUUCAUCGCCUCGUCAAACUUAGACUCGGAAAAUAUUCUCAUCGUCCUCAACGAAAUGGGGGAAAAACGCACGAAUGACACUGCUAUCUCAGAAUUUCGAUUGCCUCCGCAACUGUCGUCAGCUACAUGUGCAGCCUGCAAUCUAUUGCACGAAGGCGAUCAACUGAGACUCGACUUCAAUCAAUUUUUAGUCACAAUCAUCGCCAAAUCGGAGGUUCCAUCUGAUAUGUGA